AUGUCCCUCUCUGAAGUUCAAAAGCAAAGUCAAAAUGUAAGCCAAGUUACUCCAGAAAAGGAGAACUGGAAUAUCAUCGUUAGGGUGAUACGUUCAUGGUUCGUUCCAGAUUUCACUAAACAGAGGUGUCCUUUUUCCAUGGAGUUGGUUAUUCAAGACAAAGAGGGUUCUAAAAUACAUGCUUCCAUCAGACGUACUCUAAUUUACAUAUUUCAGACUGAAAUUUCUGAAGGUCAUGUUUAUGCCAUCCAAAAUUUCAGUGUGGCUCCGAAUUCUGGAAUAUACAGAACUACGCACCACCCUUAUAAGAUUAAUUUCCAGUUUGGUACCAAAGUUAGUUUGCUUCAUGGUAACUUGGUUCCUGAUCUGAAACCACAAUACACACCUUUGUCAUUAUUGACAACCACUAGAUUUGAUACUGAUUAUUUAGUUGAUAUAUUGGGAUUACUGGUCGGAGUGGGUACUGAAAGAGAAUUGCAAGUUAAUGGAAAGACAACAAAAUUAAAUGUUAUUGCAAUUGAAGCUGAUGGAAUGUGCUUUGAGGCAUUUGAUAGAACACUAAGAGAUAUUAUGCGAAAUGUUGAUGAUGCCAAUAAUGACAAACCAUUUGGUGGCAAAGCAGUUGUCUUGGGAGGUGACUUCAGACAAAUUCUACCCGUUAUCAAGAAAGGAUCUAGGUUUGAUAUCAUCAAAUCAGCAAUCAACUAUUCAGAGUUAUGGAAUUGUUGUAAAGUGCUCAAACUGUCCAAGAACAUGAGAUUAAGUACUACAACAAACAAUCAAACAACCAAUGAUAUCAAAGAAUUUGCUGAUUGGAUAUUGAAAAUUGGAGAUGGACAAAUGGAUGCAAAUGAGAAUGGUGAGUGCAUGGUUGAAAUUCCAGAAGAGCUACUGAUUAUAAAUACAGAUUUACCUUUAUUGUCAUUGGUUGAAUUUGUCUAUCCUCAAUUUGUGGUUAACAUGACGAAGCCUAAUUAUUUUGAUAAUGGAGCAAUCUUGUGCCCAACUAAUGAUUUUGUAGAGCAUGUAAAUGAUUUCAUGUUGUCUUUAUUAGGUGGUGAAGAGGUGACUUAUUUAAGUUCAGAUACACCUUGCCAAUCUGAUGAACAAGAUGAAGUUCAAUUUGAAUGGUUUACAUCUGAAUUUUUAAAUGAUAUCAAAUGUUCAGGGAUACCAAAUCAUAAACUCAAGCUCAAAACAGGUGUGCCAAUUAUGCUCUUGAGAAAUAUUGAUCAAGCAAAAGGUCUUUGCAAUGGCACAAGAUUGCAAGUCAACCGUUUGGGAAAAAAUGUAAUCUCUGCAACUGUAAUUACUGGAAAAAACAUUGGUGACAAGAUUUUUAUACCAAGAAUGGAUUUAGUGUCAUCUGAUUCAGGAUUGCCUUUCAAAUUUCAAAGAAGACAGUUCCCAGUUUCCUUAUGCUUUGCAAUGACGAUUAACAAAAGUCAAGGACAAACACUUUCUAAAGUGGGACUUUAUCUUCCACAACCUGUAUUCACACAUGGCCAACUAUAUGUUGCUAUUUCUAGAGUCAAAACCAAGAGAGGAUUGAAAAUACUUAUAUUGGAUGAAGAUGGAAAUGUCACAAACACAACUAAAAAUGUUGUGUACAAAGAAAUUUUUGAAACUCUUUGACAAUGAACACAUUAUAGGUAUGUAAUUUCUAAUUUUGUUUUAAUUUGAAAGUUUGUAUAAAUAUAG